AUGGUUUCUUCGACAGUGUUGUGUCUAGUGUUGCUGCAGGCCGUUGGUGCUCUUGGGUUUCCGGCGACUCUGAAGCUGGAAAGAUCGUUUCCCACCAACCAUGGCGUUGAGUUGAAGCAACUCACGGAAAGAGAUGGUUUAAGACACCAUAGAAUACUACACAAGUAUGCUGAUCCAAAUGUGGUUGUUGGAUUUGAAGUAUAUGGAACCUAUGAUCCUUUUGAUGCUGGAUUCCUAUUACUAUCUAUGAUCCAGCAAACUCGUCAACAUCUUCUACUAUCUUAUGCUAGGACGAAAGAUGUUCUCCAAAAUCCAACUCAUGUUCAGAUAACCAAUGCACCUACGAUCUCCACUAAGGGCUGUAGCACAUCCGAAACAGGACAGAUAAGUCAAACGGAAAGAACACUUGAUGAGAUUAUGGGAUUGGGCAGACAAAUUAUAUCCGUCAUUUCCCAAAUUUCAUCACAAGGGAUUGCACCAAAUUCCUUUGGACAUUGUCUAGCUGGUGGUGAUGGAGGUGGGAUUUUGGCCUUUGGCACACCAGUCAUGCCCGAUCUAGUCUUCACUCCACUUGUGAAGUCAAUUGUUGUGUCUAGUGUUGCUGCAGGCCGUUGGUGCUCUUGGGUUUCCGGCGACUCUGAAGCUGGAAAGUUGGUUUCCACCAACCAUGGCGUUGAGUUGAAGCAACUCACGGAAAGAGAUGGUUUAAGACACCAUAGAAUACUACACAAGUAUGCUGAUCCAAAUGUGGUUGUUGGAUUUGAAGUAUAUGGAACCUAUGAUCCUUUUGAUGUUGGGUACGUACACCAACUUUUGUUGAGUAUUUAA